AUGAAACGAAGGGACUGGCUGGCUGCUCUCUCUUUGCUGUCUACGCGGCGUCGCCUGGACCUUCGGAGCCCUUCAUUCAGAGCAUUUGUUGCUGCUGCGCUGCAGCAGCAGGAGCUGCUGCAGGCGCCGUACAUACACCUCACCAUCCAUCGGCUUGGGGUCAUAGGGUACAGUCCGGCUCUGUGGCAACUGACACAGCAUCUGCAGCCGCUGCUGCAGCAACAGCAGCUCAGCAGCAAACAGCUGGCCGUCUGUGCAUGGGGCUUGGCGAAGAAUGGAGUCACGCAGCCCCCCGUGUGGGAACUUAUCGCAUUGAGAGACGCGAAGAUCACAAAAGUCUUCUCCGUGCCGCUGCACAAGAGACCCAGCAACAGCAGCAGCAGCAGCAGACACCGCGCCUACUUACCCUUUAGAGAGACUGUCCCUCUCGACUGCUUGCCUCUGCUGCUUCCCAUUCUCAAGCCAGCCCAAGUGUAUUCACAAGGUGACACACAAGCAGCGGGACAUGCGCCAGCAACAGCAGAAACAAUGCCAUCUGCACCACCACCCGAAGCAGCAGCACCACCACCAACAGCAGCGGCAACUGAUGCUGCGCCUGUACCAGAAGCAGGAGUUGUGGGGCAUACCCCAGCACCUUCUCUGGGCCCUACAGGCGAAGAGUCUCCUUCUGUCUCGGCUGCAGUUCCCGCUGCAGCAGCAGCCGUUGCUGCAGCUGCAAAGGAUGGCCUAAGAAGCAGCGCGCUGCUGCACAGCGCAUGCACAGACGUGUUGCUCGAGGUGCUGUGUGAGGAGACCCGCUUGCUUCGCCUUGACCACACAACCAACACCAGUAUGGUUGCUGCCUUGGCGGAGGCGCUAGCAGACAUGCAGCUCGUCGAUCCCCGCUUGGUGUAUCAGUUGGUGCUAUUUUCACAGCAACGGGGGGCUGCGCAGUUUCAGGGAGAGCAGUUGCUGAAGGUCCUUGAGGCAUUUGAGGGUUGCCAGAUUGCCGACAGCAAGGCGUGGGCCAAACUAGUUCACCGAGCGCAAGACGUGGCGGCUGACCUAGAUUUGAAGGGACUGAAGAGGCUGCGGCAGCUGGCAAGGCGUUCCGGUCACAGUAACGCCAGGAUAGAAGGGGUCGUUGACCACUUCGAGGCCCUCAAGGAAGACGUACAGCGCUGCGGGCCCCUCUAG